AUGAUUUCUGCCGCGGAAUUGGUGGUGGACCAGGAAGCAUACACCCCAUCAUCUGAGGGACAGCCUGAAGGAGAGUCCGACGGAACUUCAGUAGACGGUGUGCCCGUAGCCCAAGAGCCAGUUAGAGAGCGGCCAGAGAGCGUGAAGUCGGUGGACAUGUGGUCCGGUGAGGCAGAACGGAGGGCUUGGGAGCACGAGGAGGCGCCAAGCCCGGCCCCCACGGAUAGCGACGACGUCAACUGCCCAUCCGUGGAUCCAGACAUUCCCAAGUUGCUGACCACAAGUCGAAGCUCCGAGAAGUUUCGCCCUCCCACUCAAACGGAGCGCGAGCUAGAUGGCUACCACCGGGGUAGUAGCUACCACCGGGGUAGUGACUACAACCGGGAUGAUGGCUACCACCGGGAUGGUGAUUAUCAACCAAGAGGUUAUGCGGACUUAAACGACGACGACGACGACGCCAUUUCGAGCGACGGAACGGGCUUCAAUGAUGAAGAAGCAAACGACGACGGCAGUUUUAGCACCCCUGUGAACGGGAUCGAUUUUAGCCCAACCAAUGUAGAUAUAUCAAGCAGUCGGUUGGGUCUCGAUUGCCACACCGACCCUCUCGGCUCGGCAGUCAUUAAAAGCGAUUUAUACGAUCAUCUAAGCCAAAAUUCGUGUUUUGCCGUCGAAGAAACACAACUAGCGUCCCGCGUGGACCUAUCUGGAAUAGAGAUGGAAGCGUCUGCAAUAGAGGUGGAAGAAUCUGGCAUAGAACUAGAAGCAUCUGGUAUAGAGCUUGAAGCAUCUGGUAUAGAGCUUGAAGCAUCUGGUGUGGAGCUGAUCGCAUCUGGAAUCGAACUAGAAGCAUCUGGUAUGGAGCUAGAGCUAGAAGCAUCGGGUAUAGAGCUGGAAACAUCUAGAAUCGAACUAGUAGCAUCUGGCAUGGAGCUGGAGGGUUCCGGUAUUAAGCUGGAGCUCUCUGGCAUGGGGGCCUCUGGCACAGAAAGGGCCGAUGCUUUUCAAGGAGCUGAUUCUGAAGGUGAAGGGGUUGUUUCCGAAGGUGGCGAGAGUGCGCGGGGGAGCUGUGUGGAGUUAGAGGAAGAUUUAGAAUCUGUUGAUUCUAACGAUUUUGAAGGAGAGAUCCGGAACGCAGACGAGGACGAGGACGACGUAGAUGAGGCUGGGGUGGUUGCGGAGGACGAAGACGAGAACACGACUGAGUACAAGACGGCAGAGUUCCCGGCGGUUGGAUUUCAGUCGCAGGGGUUGGACAAUGGUGAAGACCAGUUCACGCCGGACGAGAGCGAUUCCUCGGAUGUGUAUUACCGCUUUCAAGAUGGUGAUGACAGCGGGUUCGAUCCCUAUAUGCCCGCCAUUGUUGACGGUCACGCCACUGAUACCGAACCAUCCGAGAACGAACAUGGGACCAUGAAAGUUCCGGCAAGGGGUCUGCCUCGUGAGAAGACCGUCGCAGCUUCCGUCUAUGGAUGCGAUCAGAGACCGAAGAAAGACGUCUGGGAAGACGAACAUGUCUGGGAAGAUGAACGAGACGGACGAGACAGCCUUACUCCGGACGAGGAUUAUGAAACCGACUCCGACGACCCCACCAGAGACUUUGGCACCGGGCAGUUUGGCGCCACUGGGCAGUUCGGCAGCACCACUGGGCAGUUCGGCAGCGACUUCCGACCGAGUGGUUUGCAAGCAGAGGCGAAGCAGACUGGAGGACCGGGCCGCAGUGCGAGUACGGACCGCUAUUCGGAGGGUUCUGAUGGACGUGCGCAUUUGAAGCCGAGCUGUGAAGUUCGGAGCGGACAGGACUGGGUUCGAGGCCAGGGAAGUCACGAAGUACUUUCCGACUUCACAGACAGUGAGCCGACGCAGCGACGGCCCGGCAGUGGGGACGAGUACAUUUUGCGAAGCAGCACCGGAUUUGAGACUGCAGGACUGGACCGCAUUGCCGGCGCGGAUCGUACCAUGGGGAUGGACCCUGUAGGCACAAACCCUCCGAUGAGCUUGGAUCCCGCUGCUGGGGAUCAGGCUGGGGACCUGACAGUGGGGUACCACACAGCAGGUUAUCACACAGUAGGUUAUCAGCCAGCAAGUUACCAUCCUCCAGCAAGUUACCAGCCUCAAGCAAGUUACCAGCCUCCAGCAAGUUACCAGCCGCCAGUAAGUUAUCAUCCAGCAAGCUACGUGCAGGAUGGUAGGAAGAAGGAGGAUGGCGAGGUAUCGUAUCCGGUGGAGAGCGAUCACGGUCGGUCGGUGACGUCUACGGAGGAGGCAAGUCCGGGGGGUGGCGAGGAGGCGGCAAUCAGUCCGUUGCUAACAACACCAACGGACAUGCAAGAGGUUGAGGAAUUCCAGGUUUCAAGUCGCACGGUGGACACAGAUGCUGAACGGCUCUACGAGUACGUCCAUGAGGCUGACUCGACGCCUGGUCCAGAACGGACCAGCAUCGGCUUCGCUAACGAAGGCGGUAGCCUCUCACUUGACAAAGUGCGCGAACUCGCGCAACGACAGAUUCUCCAGGCCCUCAACGACACCGACGACGCUCAACAGACACCUUGGCCCGAACCGGGACGUUCGGGUCAAGGCAGCGGCCCGCGUGAUCGAGGCUUCGCCGACUACCGCCGCUCCGGCUCCGACCAUGACCAGGACGCGACCGACCAGGACGCGACCGACCAGGACGCAACGGAUCGUGACCAGGACGACGGAAGCGGUUUGGACGACCACGAGGAUGCCAGUGACCUCGACUAUGAGGAGGCGGCCGGCUAUGAGCCGGCCUACGACGCCGAAACCGAGCCAAAGGCGGGACGCAAGCCGGAGGUCGGUGACCGCCUCGGGGACUGCCAGAUCAUUGCGCCAUCGCGAGCCGAUCCGACCGGACGCGAGCGGCACGGCGCUCCACUGGUCGUGCCACACGCGUUUGUGCAGUCACUCUCCCCCCUGGAGAUCCUGCCUGAGGACGACGGACCCGCCACAGCAAGCGACCUAGAUGUCUACCGACUACCGACCCAGACGACCUCCCGGACGGCCCCGACCUCGCUGACCGGGCUGGCGGAAAGCGAGGUGGCCGCGGCCAAGUUGUCGGAAACCACUCGUGACUCCACCCGAGACUCGAAGGGUUUGUCGAGCGCCGAACUCGACACCAAGCGCAUGAAGGACGCCGGCAUCCCCAUUCUCUCGGUCACCAACCUGUCGUCAUCGACCGUUCCACCCAGCACCCGACCCACCAAAGCCCGACCCGACUCAUCCAACCGUCGAACGGAGGCGACUACUGACGUCCCAGAGACAAGGACUAUGGGCAUAGCACGAACCGAUGACGAUCCCCUCGCGACCGCCCUGGCGACUUACCCCGUUGUACCCGACCAGAUGGCGGGACUGCAGCCGGUAUUAACGCCACAACAACUCGCACUUCUCGCGAUGCCCUCCAUCAACGCGAACCCUCAACUACUCAUCCCGGGGCCGGAGUUCGCCAACUUCUCAACGUCCGGUUUUAACGGUUUCAGCAUGGCCGGCUUGAACAUGGCUGGUUUAAACAUGGCAGGCUUCACCGUGCCGGCUCCUGGCUUCACCAUGCCGGCACCUGGCGGGGUGGAUUCGCUGAUGGUUCCAAGCGGACUGCUCACUGAAGAGGUUAUGAGACUACGCGAGCAAAUGCAACUGACUGAACUGGGCCUAGUGCCUGAUGUCGGUCUGCUUCCCCAAAUGGGUCUAGGUCACGAUGCAGGUUUGCUUUCUGACAUGGGCUUGGUACCUGACAUGGGCAUACGUUUGCUUCUUGACGCGAACUUAAUUCCCGAUUCGGACUUGGUUCCUGACGCCAACUUGAUUCCUGACGGGAACGUGCUUCUCGACGCCAACAUGGUUGCCGACUCGAACUUGAUGCCUGAUGUUAAUCUAAUUCCCGAAGCGAACUUGAUACCCGAUGUGCAUCGUGACGCGUCUGUAGAAGUGCAUCCCGCCGGGAUGUUCCCGUCACCAUGGGAGGUGGAUCUCACUCCACGAACGACGCGGGCUGGGGGUGAAAGUAUGCAGUCGAUGGUGCCGCGAUCAGUUACUCCAUUCUACCCGUCUGGCUUGCGUCCGGUGGACCACUACUCAUUGGACUUUUACAUGUCGGACGUUUACCCGUCGGAGCCUACGCGGACAAUAUCGGAACUGGACCCGUUGGCGUCGGAUGGGCCUGUGAUACGGCAGGAGCUGGUACGCUCUAUGUCUGAGUUGAUUCCUCUCGUGUCAGACCUGGCUCCCAACGCAUCGGAGUUGGACGUUUCGGUGAGAAGCACUCGGCCUGUGUCCACAGGAGUGGUGCCUAUCCGACGGGCCGAGCUGGUGCCCCGACUGGACCUAUCCAGGCCGGUAUUUGGUAUUCAUGACGCGGUUCCCUCACCCCUCAAAAGCUUGACUUCUCGGUUAGUCCGCAGGGACCAACCUGUCCAACAAUCUUGGCGGCAGGAUCAGCCGUCUUGGCGGCAGGAUCAGCCGUCUUGGCGGCAGGAUCAGAUAGCUCCCAGGCAAACGGGCCUGUCCUGGCGAGACUCUCGAAUUACCGUCCCAGCCGUUUGGAAACCGAACUCUGGAUCUGCCUUGGCGGCCACUCGUCUGGACACUCCUAGCACUCCCACUUUUGCACCGGUCUCCGCUGGAGUUAGCGUUUCCUUGACGCGCCGCUCCGACGCUAACCUAAUCAAAUCUCCGGCAGCUCCAGCUCCGGUGACUUUGGCUCCAAUUCCAGCGCGAGUGGCUCCGCCUCCCCUCGCUCCGCCUCCCGUGGCUCCGACUAUGGCGGCCCCAACUAUGGUCGCUCCGGCUUUCAUAGGUCCGGCUCCCAUAGGUCCGGCAGUAAUGGGUCCGGCACCGAUAGUUCCGACACCCGUGCCUGCUGCGGUCCGGCCAGCAGAGAGCUCUACGAGAGAGUUGGCGACGCAAAGGACUAAGCUGACUCUAAAAGACGAAUUAAGUCUAGUGCCGGCCCUGGACUUCUCUGCCCGCACCCACAGACCAGUUGCUAGCGACCACGUACCUGUUGGAUCCAGACCCGGCACCGCCACUGCUCGACUUGCAACAGAGUCGCUCGCAACGGAGCAGGCCGUCGCGGAACGGGGCUUCUACCAAACUUCCUCCGGCGUCCCGCUCAUGGCUGGAAACUACCAGCCUGCUAUUACUCACAUGUCAGCACAACUUCUAGACCACCGGCUAAACGAGCGGGUGGAACAAAGCCGGUUGGAACAAAGCCGGUUGGAACGACGAGGACCCGGUUUAGCGGCAGAGGUUCCUAGGAGUACCACCAGGCAAACUUUACAGGAUGUGCGGGACGAAGUGGAUAAGCGGAUGUCUGCUGAGAAACGUAUGCCUGUUGGUAGUCGGGUACCUGAGGCUAAGCGGGAGCCGGGCUCCGGAGCGCCGUACCUGCCGGCCCGGGCGACCAAGUCGGCUCAGACGGCCCAGCCGGCCUUAAGAGGCGACGGGGUGGUGCGAUCUCUUGCGGGAGAGGCGUCGCCACGAUCAGCGUCCGUGAAGGACUCUUCGCCACAAGAUUCCUCGUCGGUGGGGUCUCAUUCGUCAUACACAGCACGCCUUCGCCUCGAACCGGGGACUUUGGGGUUGUCAGUGUUGCCUUCUGCGUCGGAGCGUGUUUUGGCGCCGCCGAAGGUCGUCCCUAGCAGGCGAGCCUCCUUCAGCGCUCCGUUGGGAGCCCCAGACAGACCACAGUCAGCGGGACUCAGACCACUGUCGACCGGAAUCAACUCCCAAUCCAGCGGAGUCCGACCACUCUCAACGGGAGUCCGGCCGCUCUCAACCGGAGUCCCACUCUCCAGCGGAGUCCAGCCACUCUCGACCGGAGUUCGGCCCCAGUCGAGCAGGCCGCAGUCGAGCGGAGUCAGCCCUAUAACAAAUGCACUUAGACCGAGUGCGAUUAGUAAGUCGCUGGCGGUGCGGGCUCCUACGGAUUUGAAGCGCCAGAGUCGAGACUCUCCCGUCCUGCGAGCAAAUGCAGCUCCUGGGAAUCAGACAACCUCCCUUCCACCGACGCGGCCAACGGCGACGCGUCCAACCGUCCCACUGUCUAGACCUCCUGUCCCCAGACCUGUCGUGUCCGGACCUGCUGCAGCCCCGAUCAAUGAGGCCUUUAGGCUCCAGCCGACAACCGCUGCCGCCCAGAAGCGUGCUCCGCCCCCGACACCAGCCAAAGCACCCCUUCUUCUUCUUCCGACCAAGGCCUCUCUUCCGACCAAGGCCUCUCUUCCGACCAAGGCCUCUCUUCCGACUAAGGCCUCUCUUCCGACUAAGGCCUCUCUUCCGGCCAAAGCCACUCUUCCGACCCAAGCCUCGCUUCCGACCAAGGCUGCCCUUCCUCGGACGGUGCAGUCCAUCACAGCACCUAAUGCAACUCCAAUCGUACCUGCACUCUCGUUCGGGCGCCACGAAAUGAUCACCGUGGGGUCUCCCUUACGACUUGCCCAUGAACGUCGACAGCGCGACAGCCCUGAUUCAAGGACCUUCCCAGAUGCUAACGGCAACAAGGCUCCAGCAACCCCGGCAAGCCUGACUCCUACAGCAAAUGCUCCCGGCUCCGGCUCCAGCGGCCAUCCGACAACUCCUGGUUCCAGUGGCAAGCCAAUGCACUUAGUCAGUCCCUUGGACCCGACUAACCCGGGCGUCGCCAGCAGCCAGGGUACGCUAACCUACCAGAAUUUACCACCCAGCCGCGGGGGAGCAAUGGGCACGUGGCUGAAGGCUUCUGAUCGUCCCAGACCCUCCGUGGGUGGCGAUCUUCUCCAGACGAAAUGCGGACCAAGUUCGAUUUCUUCGAAUAGGCAGCCGAAUCUCGUGCAGAAGCCGAGUCAAACGUUAACAGUCGCCCACAACCAAUCUCCUUCGUUCCCGAGCACUCGUCCGGCACCGAACUUCGUCGUCUCUAGCCACCAACCACCCCUUGGUCCGCAGUCUCUUUCCCAACUUCACAAUCGAGCCGACGCACCGCUCGCCCUCGGGCACGACAGCAGCAAGACAGCAGAUCGAGUCCAUGGUCCAACAAACCAGCAGUACGCUGAUCGGCCAAUGCAGACCCUCCUUGCCGGAGCCACCUACGCACCCCGAACGGUGGGUGGACUCACUCCCAUCCAAAGGGCUACUCCCAUCCAGCCCUUCCGGCCACUCACUCCGAUUGGACCACCCGCUUCUGUCCCACCGUCGGCUCCCCUUCAGAGACACGCUACUCAAACUGCCCAGAAACCAACUCCUGGAAAGUCACCUACUCCAGCUACUCCCCGUCAGAGACCUACUCCCCUUCAGAAGCUAACACCGGUCCAGCCGGCUACCCAAAGUACCCCUCUUCAAAGGCCGAUACCCAUCCAACCACAUACUCCUGCGCAAGGUACUACCAUUCAAGGUACGACCAUUCAAGGUACUACCAUGCAGGGCGUUCCUAUUCAGGGUACUCCCAUCCAAGGUACUACCUUGCAGGGUACUCCUACUCAGGGUACUCCUAUUCACAAACACACACCUACUUCCAUUCAGGGGCUUGCGCCCCUUCAGAGACCGACUCCCAUCCGGGGUACUCCGCUUCAGAGGCCAACACCCAUCCAACCACCUACUCCCAUCCAGGGGCCUGCGCCCCUUCAGAGACCGACUCCUCUUAGCAGGCCGGCUCCAGUCCCGGCUCCGGUCCAGGGCUCCCAUCCGAUGUUCGAGAGCCAGGCUCUAAAUAUGCGACAACCGCUAGAGAUACGCCAGCCGAUGGAGCCGCGUCAACCGAUGGAGAUGCGUCCACCGUUGGAGAUGCGACACCCGUUGGUCACGCAGCAACACAGUGAUUACGGGUUGCGGGGCACCCCAUUCCAGACGCCCGAUGGGCAGUCGAAUGGGGCGUCGGGGAUUUUGUCGCCUAGCCGUGACAGUCGCUCGCCCGUGGCCGGUGUUCCUGCCUUGUUGCGGCUGGAGAAGGCUCGAGAGGGGACUGCUUCUCGUUCACGUCUUCCUCGAGCUGCUGCUCCCGAGGCACCGCGGCCUCCUAUAAGCCCCUGCAUGGCUAAGGAAACUCUAUGGCAAAACGCCACACGACCAGCUGGCAAGCGAAGCCACCUGGGACCGACUGCGGGAAGUGGCGACUGCCGCAGUCACGUGCGACCGACACUUUAUGGACCGUCCCCACCGGCGUUUGGAUACCCCGCUGUCCCCACUGCCGGCGAGCGAAGUCGUCUCACUACUCUUGCUAGCGGAGGCAGCAGCGUAGCUCAGACGUAUGGGCCCUACUCACAGACUGGCAGGACGCCGCUGGGGGGCGGGACGCCGUUCGGGAUCACGACCACGGAGUCAGCGCGCACCUCUCCACGAGAUACAACCACGGAACGGCCCAUGGAGCCAUCUGUGCUGGAUCGCGGGGCCGCAGAACGUCUACCCAUCGAUCAGACACCUGUGACGCAUUCUUCUACACAAUCUAUGAAGCAAAACCCGUUCACAUCAGCUGGGAAAAACGUGCACUCUCAAAACAACUUGGUCCAAGCGGCUGCAACACCAUCUACUGCGCCACAUUCUCCAUUCCGGAUUUCGCCAAUGCAUAGCGGCGCGGCGAUACCACCGCGACCGGCAAGUGCGCUACUUACCAGCAUGAAAUCUGCCACCAGCGAAGCGGGCUUGAUUCAACGGCGACAGAAUUCGCCUCCCCCUCACCUACGCAUGGCUCCGGAUCUGGAUCAAGCCAUUCCCUAUGACCCUCUAUUGCCUCCCGCUGAGCUCUUACUUAGCAGUCAGCAGUCAACGAGGUCCUGUAACAAGAUUCCCGAAGUCCGACGACCCGCCAAACGAUCUAUGUGGUCCUGUUGUUUAUUUCCGUCCGAACGAAUCAAGUGA